UGACAUGUGAAUGAGGCUGGCUAAGAAAACGGGGUUGAAGAGGAUACUGUUUUAGUGACUUUGUUAAAGCUACGGUUAAGUAAGAAAAUGCCCAGGAAAACGAAGGAGGAAUUGGAGUGGGUGGGCGAUGAAGGCGCAGCGGCAGCUGAAAAGACUGUGAAAAAAGGAAAGAAAGAUAAACAGGGAAAAAAGACUUUCUUUGAGGAGCUCAGCACAGAUUGCAAACCUGAAAAGGUACAUGAAGUGGCUGGAAAAGACACACAGGGAAAACAGAAAAAAAAAAAAGAUCGACGGAAAGGAAAAGGUGGAGAUGCAAAUGAGGAUGAUGAUGCAAACGUCAUGCUGAAGCUGAAAAAGCUCUCAGUGCAAGCAAGUUAUGAGGACGAUGAGCCAGCCAUUGCCACCAGUGAAGGAAAAAAGGGUGGAAACAUCUACGCUGCUCUCAGUCAGGGCCAGAGUGAUGAGGAUGCUGAUAUGGAUGAAGAAGAUAGACCAGCUAAAAAAAUGGUAUCCUAUGAGGAGGAUGAGGCAGAGAAAGAAGACGCUGAAGAGAAAACUACAAAGACCAAGAGGGCAGAAGCCAAGUCCAAGUCCCCUGAUAUUCAUGAAACAGAAGAGAAACGAAAGAAGGGGAAGAUGGAACAAUACAAGAAAGGAAAGCCUGCUGAACGAUCAUGCAGCGAGUAUGAAGAUGAUGAUGAGGAGGAUAGUGACGGAGGUGACAUGAUGAUGAGUGCUGAGGAUACCAUCGCAGAACAGGCCAAACACCAGGAAGAGGACCCAAAUGCUAAUCUUAGUAAAAAGGAGAAGAAGAAGAAAAAGAAACAGAUGGAGUAUGAGCGUCAAGUGGCCAGUGUUAGGGCUCAGAAUGCCCUGGAGGGAGAUUUCUCCAUUUCCCAGGCGGAGAUGUCCUCCAGACAGGCAAUGCUGGAGAAUGCCUCUGAUAUAAAGCUGGAACGGUUCAGCAUAUCUGCUCAUGGCAAGGAGCUUUUCAUCAAUGCUGACCUUCUGAUUGUAGCAGGGAGAAGAUAUGGUUUGGUUGGACCAAAUGGCAAAGGAAAGACCACACUACUAAAACACAUAGCUAACAGAGCUCUCAGUAUUCCACCCAACAUUGAUGUGCUACUGUGUGAACAGGAGGUGGUAGCUGAUGACACGCCGGCAGUACAGGCUGUGCUGAAAGCAGACACUCGCCGCUUGAAGCUUCUGGAGGAAGAGAAACAGCUGCAGGCUCGUCUCGAAAAGGGAGAGGACAUUGUCGCUGAGCGGCUGGAAAAGGUCUAUGAAGAGCUGAGGGUGAUUGGAGCUGCUGCAGCUGAGGCCAAAGCCAGAAGGAUUCUGGCUGGUCUGUCCUUUACCCCUGAGAUGCAAAACAGACCCACCAAGAGGUUCUCUGGAGGUUGGAGAAUGAGAGUCUCCCUUGCCAGAGCUCUGUUCAUGGAACCCACACUGCUGAUGCUGGAUGAACCCACAAACCACCUGGACCUGAACGCUGUCAUUUGGCUCAAUAACUACCUUCAAGGCUGGAAGAAGACUCUUCUCAUAGUUUCCCACGAUCAGAGUUUCCUUGAUGACGUGUGUACAGAUAUCAUCCACUUAGACAACGAGAAACUCUACUAUUACAGAGGGAAUUACUUGACCUUCAAGAAGAUGUAUGUGCAGAAGCAGAAAGAACUACAGAAGCAGUACGACAAGCAGGAGAAGAAACUGAAAGAGCUGAAGGCCGGUGGAAAGUCCACAAAACAGGCUGAGAAGCAGACUAAGGAGGUCCUGACCAGAAAGCAGCAGAGAGGCAAGAAGAAAGGAGGUCAGGAGGAGGAAAGCCAGGAUGCUACGGAGCUUCUGAAGAGGCCUAAAGAAUACACUGUCAAGUUUACCUUCCCCAACCCACCUCCACUUUCACCACCCAUACUGGGACUACAUAGUGUUGACUUUGGAUAUGAUCGUCACAAGUCUUUAUUCAAAAACGUGGACUUUGGAAUUGACAUGGACUCCAGGAUUUGUAUAGUUGGACCCAAUGGUGUUGGGAAGAGUACCCUGCUGCUGCUUCUCACUGGGAAACUAAAUCCUACUAAAGGUGAGAUGAGAAAGAAUCAUCGUUUGAAAGUGGGCUUCUUCAACCAGCAGUAUGCUGAUCAAUUGAACAUGGAGGAAGCAGCUACAGAGUACCUGAUGAGGAAUUUCAACCUUCCCUAUCAGGAUAGCAGAAAGUGCCUGGGACGUUUUGGCCUGGAGAGCCAUGCCCACACCAUUCAGAUCUCCAAACUCUCCGGUGGUCAGAAAGCUAGAGUAGUAUUUGCUGAACUAUCAUGUCGUCAGCCUGAUGUACUGAUUUUGGAUGAACCCACCAACAAUUUAGACAUCGAGUCAAUCGAUGCCUUAUUUGAGGCCAUCAAUGAAUACAAAGGAGCUGUGAUCAUUGUGAGUCACGAUGCCCGGCUCAUCACAGAGACCCAUUGUCAAAUGUGGGUGGUUGAGGACAGUACAAUCAACCAGAUCGAUGGAGACUUUGAUGAUUACAAGCGGGAGGUGUUGGAGUCCCUGGGAGAGACCAUGGUCAACAAGGUCAACGUAUGAUCGAACAGAGGACACACCGCUGUCCCUCCACCUGGAUCAGCUGGCUUGUUAAAAAACAGCACUAACAGUAAAAAUGUAUUUGUUUGGGGUGCUUAUAGAUAUUCCCUUCUGAACUGUAACAUCUUCCAACAGGCUAGAGUGUUCACCUAACAUUAAUUUUCCAAAAUAUAAGGACAAAAUGUCUUUGGGAUCUACUAAAGUUAACAAUAAAAACAAAUACAGUUUUCA